GAUAGGACGAUUUCCCCGGACAGGGGCGGUGCUCGGGGACUAAAUCCAGAGCCGUUCGGGCUUGGGGUCCCAGGACCACCUGAGGCCAGGGUUCUCGGGAGCCAUGCUGUCAGAAGUCCUGCUGGUGUCCGCCCCAGGGAAAGUCAUCCUUCAUGGAGAGCAUGCCGUGGUCCAUGGCAAGAUAGCCCUGGCUGUGGCCUUGAACUUGAGAACAUUCCUCCGGCUUCAGCCCCACAGCAAUGGGAAAAUGUGCCUCAACUUGCCGAACAUUGGCGUCAAGCGGGCCUGGGAUGUGGCCAUGCUUCAGCUGCAGGACACAAGCUUUCUGGAGCCAGGGAACACCACGGGGGACGCCGCAGCGCCCACCUCAGAGCAAGUGGAGAAGCUGAAGGAGGUGGCAGGCUUCCCCAAGGAUGGCACCGACCCCGAGUGUCUGGCUGUGCUGGCUUUCCUUUACCUGUACCUGUCCAUCUGCCGGAAGCAGAGGACCCUGCCCAGCCUGGAUAUCACGGUGUGGUCAGAGCUGCCCACGGGGGCUGGCCUGGGCUCCAGCGCCGCCUACUCUGUGUGUCUGGCAGCUGCUCUCCUGACCGCGUGUGAGGCGAUUCCAAACCCGCAGAACAAUGGCGAGUCCGCUACCAGGUGGACCAUGGAGGAUUUGGAAUUAAUUAACAAGUGGGCCUUCCAAGGGGAGAGAAUGAUUCAUGGGAACCCCUCUGGAGUGGACAACACCAUCAGCACUUGGGGAGGAGCACUCCGAUACCAACAAGGAAAGAUCUCAUUCAUAAAGAGGCUGCCGGCUCUGAAGAUCCUGCUGACCAACACCAAAGUCCCUCGCAGCACCAAGGCUCUCGUGGCCAGCGUCAGGAGCAGGCUACUUAAGUUCCCUGAGAUCGUGGCCCCCCUGCUGACCUCUAUAAAUGCUAUUUCCCUGGAAUGCGAGCGGACACUGGAGGAGAUGGCUUCGGCCCCAGCCCCAGAGCACUACCUCGUGCUGGAAGAGCUCAUCGACAUCAACCAGCACCAUCUGAAUGCCCUUGGUGUGGGCCAUGCCUCGCUGGACCAGCUGUGCCAGGUGACCAUGGCCCAUGGACUGCACAGCAAGCUCACUGGUGCGGGCGGCGGUGGCUGUGGCAUUACGCUCCUCAGGCCAGAUCUGGAGCAGCCAGAGGUAGAGGCCAUGAAGCAGGCUCUGACCAGCUGCGGGUUUGACUGCUGGGAGACCAGCAUCGGGGCCCCUGGUGUCUCCAUCACUCGGCUGCCUCCCUGGACGCCCAGGUGCAGCGAGCCCUGGAUGGCCUCUGAGAUGAGCCCGCCCGCUGCACAAGAAACCCCACCUGGAGUAUUCCGGGUGCCAGAGUCCACCUCUGCUGGCCAGCGGGCCGCAGCCCUGCGUGACGGCCUUCCCAGCGGCCGCACCCCUCCAGGCCCAGCAGUGCAACAUGGAACCUACAGUGGGCUGGGGUGCCCUGGAAGACCCCGUCUGUGAUCUGCCUUCUCUUGAGCCACCGGGCAGUGGGACCAUGUGGGGUCCUGUGAGAUGUGAGGAGCUUCCUAUCCUCCCCAAAGCUCUCACACACCCAUCUGCUUUGGGCUUCUGUUGCCUUCUCACACCCUCUCCCCACUGGGCUGGCGGCUCCGAUGCAGUUGUCUGGCCUCUGGAGCAGUGUGCCUUCUCCCUCCCACGCCUCUGCUCUUUACCUGUCUUGAGGGCCUGGCCCCUCCCACCUCCUCCAGGAAGCUUUCCCUGACCCCUGGCAGGGAGGUGACCUUAGUCCCACCUUCCUCCGGUACAGACCCUUCCUUCCUGUACAGGAGGAAGGUGGGACUAAGGUCACCUCCUGUCUGUUUGAACCGUUCAGCACUUUGUGUGGUCUGCUCUCCGGCAAGACUGUGGGCUCCCUAGGGGUGGUCUGGGUGGUGGUCUCUGCCUUCCGCCCUCCCGUUUGAGAGCUGGCCAAAGGCAUGGUGGAUGUACCCUGUUUCUUCCAGUCUGUACCCAUGGGAUUUGCAGAAAACACAGCAGAGAGGAAAUAAAAAGCUCUUGAGUAAA